AUGCUCUCUUCUCGAGUGCUGAGGACAACCUCUGAAACCGCGUAUGGCUCCCUCGUCCUCAUCACCGUAAUCGCAGCUGCACUAUCAUGCGCGGCACUCGUCUCCCAGGCCGUGCGCACCUCACCCAACAGGUCUUGGUCGAAGAACAUCAACGCGGUCAUUGUCGGGGCGGCGUACUUCUUCCUUUUCUCAGUGUCAGUGCUGUUCUGCGUGAAGCGCCGCGUCGCUGUGCGGCUCAAGCUCCAGAGGAUCUCGAAGACGUAUAGGACCGUCGGGCGGGACGACCUUCCAGGUUCCGUGGACAAGUACGUGAUGGAAGAGUACGUCCGCGCGUGUCUGGUUUCAUUCGAGUCGCUGCCGACGGACGUGCACCACGAGGGAUGGGGCAGGCCGGGGACACAGUACAGCGGCAUCCGAUUCCGGCGUGCCCUCCUCGAUACCAUCCCGCGAAUAGACGAGCUCGCCCACCUGGUGAUACCCCUUCAUCCCAAGCUGAAACCGCACGCGCGGAUGCUGCACCACUUCCGGUUCAUCGCGCCGCUGCUGCCCAAGGACGACGCGGGCCUCUCGCCGCUUCAUUAUUAUGAUUCGGCGAUCCAGCUUGUGCGAAACUCGAAGAGGGAGCUCACGGAAGAAGAGUUUGAGGUCGGCCUGGCGGCUGCAGAGCAGAUCAUGAAAAGGUGGGUCGUGUUACUCUGA